AUAAUCGAAAGUUGUUUAUAAACGUACAAAAAUGUGGUCUUUGAUUUGGCUUCUACUUGCUCUACCGUUUCAUCUCCAUGGUACCCAGCUAACCUUCGACUUGGCAGAGAACUCUGAGGAGUGUUUCUACGAGGAGGCUACGAAGGGCUGCACGGUGUCCUUGGAGUACCAGGUGGUGGCUGGAGGGUCCAACGACGUCGCUGUCAUUGUCAAGGACCCCACAGGCAGGACCGUCUACCAGCAGGACAGGUCGGAGUACGACUCCGUCGCCCUCACCGCCGUGCAGAACGGCAGCUACGUCGUCUGCUUCGGCAACCAGUUCUCAACGUUUACGUCCAAGCGGGUUUUCAUGGAUUUUGAGGUGAGCGAUCUCCCGAGCCAAGAGUCUGUCUCCACCGCCAUGACCCAGCUGGAGUCGUCCCUCCAGAAUAUCCAGGACUCGCUGGACAGCAUCGUCAACCACCAGACCCAUCAUCGUCUGCGGGAGGCUCACAGCAGGAUGCGCGCUGAUGACCUCAACCACCAUGUCCUCUGGUUGGCGCUGGCCAAGACCACGACCAUGCUGCUUGUAUCAGUCACCAUGGUGAUUGUUGUCAAGACGUUCUUCUCGUAUAGAAACCCCUACCCGUACACAACUAGAUUGUAGCAAUGAAUACACAAACUAUAGUUUGUGUAUUCAUCGGUUGUAGUUAACAGAAAUCAAGUUGUUGGAAGAUAUUUGGAGUGAUGAACUAUAUUGUAAUAAAAGCAGUUUUUAACAUUUUUUGUAGUUCUGAGAGUUCAUUCCAUUGAAAUGUUUUAAAUCUAUUUUUGAUGAUGUAAUAGUUAAUUUAUUUUAAACCAAAGUAAAAAGAUUUAUAGAG